AUGCAUGGGGCUCUGGGGCGUGCUGUGACUAGCCAGGAGUUCAGGAAAGGGGCCCCAGAAGGCCACCAGCUGAAUAGGAGUCCACAGUGUUAUGUGGAAAAAGCCAAUGCAAUCUUGGACAACGUAUGCAAUGAACGGCAUAGCCAGACUGAGCUGAUUCCUGUCAUCCCCCCUGAAACCCCCUGUGACCCCAAAUUCCUAGAAUGGUGCCUUCUCGGGGGCAGAGCUUCCCUGCUUGUGGCAGUUUCCCGUUCAGGACCACGGCUCACCCCUCGCUUGAUUUGCCUUUCUCUCUCUUCCACCCCUUCCCAGGUGCUCGAUGCCGGUAACCUGGUGGUCAUGCCGGGCGUCGUGGACUCUCACGUGCACAUCAACGAGCCGGGACGCACGGCCUGGGAGGGAUUCCACUCGGCGACCAGGGCCGCCGCCGCCGGGGGCAUCACCACCCUGGUAGACAUGCCGCUGAACUGCCAGCCCCCGACCACCACCUUGGACAACUUCCACAGCAAGCUCAGGGCGGCCAGGAGACAGUGCCACGUGGACGUGGCCUUCUGGGGUGGGCUGGUCCCUGGGAACGCUGAUGAGCUCAGACCCAUGAUGGCGGCCGGCGUGCCGGGCUUUAAAUGCUUCAUGAUUGACAGCGGGGUGAAGGAAUUCCCCCAUGUCAGCGUCCGGGAUCUGCACGCGGCCAUGAGGGAGCUGCAGGGGACAGACUGUGUGCUUCUGUUCCACGCAGAGGAGGACCUUUUCUCCCUUCGUUCUCUGUGUGCAGAACCCUCGGAGUACGGCACCUUCUUAGCAUCCCGCCCCGACGAGAUGGAGGUCAAGGCCAUCCGGACCAUCUGUGAGCUGUGUCUCCAGUAUAAGGUGAGGUGCCACAUCGUUCACCUGUCGAGUGCCCAGGCCCUGCCAGUCAUCCAGGAGGCCAGGAGGAAGGGGGCACCGCUCACCGUGGAGACCACCCACCACUAUCUCUCCCUGGAGGCUUCGGGGGUGCCCACCGGAGGCACCCAGUACAAGUGCUGUCCCCCAAUCAGGAGCAAGAAGAAUCAGGAUCAGCUGUGGGCGGCCCUCCAGAAGGGGGACAUUGACCUGGUGGUCUCGGACCACUCGCCCUGCACGGCAGACCUGAAGCUCUUGGACAGUGGCGACUUCCUGCGGGCCUGGGGCGGCAUUUCCUCCUUGCAGUUCGGACUCCCCCUUUUCUGGACCUCGGCCAGACUCAGAGGCUUCGCCCUUCCUGACGUGGUCAGGUUCAUGUGCAAGAAUCCGGCCAAACUCAGCGGGCUGGAGACACACAAGGGGUCCCUGAGCCCGGGGCAAGAUGCUGACCUGGUGAUCUGGGAUCCGGACAAGGAGCUGGAGGUCAAUGAGAGAAUGAUUCAGCACAAAAACAAGCUGACGCCCUAUCUAGGCUUCCGCCUUCUCGGAGAGGUUUUCGCCACCGUGGUCCGCGGCCACCUGGUUUACCUGAACGGGGAGUUCUCGCCGACGCCACGUGGGAAUCUGCUUCUGGUGGAAAAUGAUAAACUCGGGGGGAAAAACAGCAUCUGCUAGCUUUGCCAGGGCUCCGCUCGGGUGCCUCCUCCUCCAGGAAGCCCUCCCUGGCGCCGCAGGCCUCACUCCCGGCACAAAUGUAACUUUGUACUCGGUAUAUUGUGAAUCGCGUUAUCUGCGUGCUCUUCCUCCGGCCUCACUCCUUGGGAGAAGAAGCUCCCUGAGAGCAAACGCUCGGUUUAUGCUUUGUGUCAUCCACACCUGGUAUCCUGCGGCGAUUAAUAAAUGCUCGCUGGGUCGCUUUGGACUGAA